CUACAACCCCAAAAACCCACCUCAAACAACACAGUAGAAGCUACGUACCACUUGGCCUAGUACUUAAUAAUAAUAUAAACAGAAGAAAACCAACAUCAACAUGGCCCUCCUGAAAGCGUUUGUUGUCGUAAUUUUGUGGGUGGGCAUUGCAGGGACAGCAAAGGCGGGAGAUCCCAACAUCCUGACGGACUUCAUAGUGCCCCCAAACGUUACCACAGUAGACGGAAGCUUCUUCACAUAUACAGGGUUGCGUGCUGUGAUCGGAGCAGAACCAGCAAAGGAGUUCAAGGUCCACAAAGCAGGGUUGGCGGAGUUCCCAGCCCUUAAUGGCCAGAGCGUAUCCUACGCAGUCCUUGAGUACCCAGCGGGUACUACAAACCCUCCCCACACACAUCCUCGCUCCGCGGAGCUGCUAUUCCUUGCUAAUGGAGCACUUCAAGUGGGUUUUGUGGACACCACCAACAAGCUUUUCACCCAGACCUUGCAAGCCGGAGAUGUGUUUGUGUUCCCAAAGGGCCUCGCUCACUUCCAGUACAAUGCUGAUCCUCAGAAACCCGCUCUCGCCAUAUCUGCAUUUGGAAGUGCAAAUGCUGGCACUGUGUCUCUUCCGACCACUCUUUUUGCUACUGGGAUUGAUGACCAGGUCUUGGCUAUUUCUUUCAAGAUUGAUGUUGCCACCAUUCAAAAGCUCAAGGCUGGUCUUGCUCCCAAGCCCUGAUCAACCUGCCCCUGCCUCUACUACCACAUUAUUAUAUAUCCAUCACUAAUUAAUUAAUAUCUUUGUUUUCCACUACUCCCCUGUGAUUUUUUUCUUUUCUGCAUUUUUUUUUUAUUUCCUUUGUUUUGAUGAAUAAUUGUUCUUCGUCUUUGAAAGGGUAUAAAUAGUAAUAAUAUAAAGCAUUGUAUCUGCUUUACUUGAUUUGUUUAAUAUUAAUAUUGUUGUCAGCCUUUGAAUUGCUUUUAUGGAAUAUUACAAUUAGGCUAAU